UCACAUAGCAAGGCCGCUGCUGCUGCGGCUGGCUCAUACGCGCAUGCAGGGCCGUAUUGGUGGAGAGGAAAGGAAAGAGGAUAUGAGAUAGCGAUCUCCAGUUGUACCAGACACAGUCUAGACGUCUUGCUGGCGACGACUGCUCAUCAGUGAGAGUAGCGUUGAUGAGCUGGAGCUGUUGAUGAGCUGGAGCUGGAGCAGCAGAGGUAGUGGUUGUUUCCUGAGACUCCACCAGCUAUCGUGUCGCCUCUGCAGAUUGACUUGAGCAACGUGGCGGCGGUGCUUGCAUCGAAAUGGCGAGGAGAGGAGUACCUGAGCAGUUUCUGCGAGGAUUCAGCAUAGGCCAAUCGUCGCCAGUAGCACAUCCACUGAGUGGACACCAGCAGAAUGAGGAGUAUUGGGAGCUGGUGAAGGAAGGACCGAUAGGUUUGCCGGAGACAAGCGCCAACACGUCCAAAACACACGGGACCAAGGGUGGACGGUUGCGGCAAAGAUGGAUGACGCUGGCCCGUCUCAAAUGCAACUGUGGUUGCUUAUCCGGAAACACAGCGCCAGGUCGUGGACAAACUGUCCUGCUGCGAACCAGCAAACUUGCAGGCAAUGGCAGACGGAAAGCCCAGGACUAUGACCUAUCGUGCUACCGGAUGAUAACAUCUGCGUUCAGCAGCUCAGUGGGUACACUGGGUCCCAAGGCCGGCGGUGGAAAUUACCACUUCACCAUCCAUGCUGUUGCCGACUACACAUUUGCUGCGGCAGAUGAGAGCUGUAUGCUGUCGUGGGUAGCAGCACUAAAGGAGGUCCUCUCGCAACCAGCGACGGCAACUACACACCCAGUACCUCAGCAAGCCGCUAAAAUAUUUGCGGUUGAGUACAGCUGCUCGUCUUCGCCCACUAGCAGUGUUCAUCCUCCACACAUCUCCACACAGACAACAGGCCUGUUGAAGCUGGACGAGAGGAGCAUGGUACUCAAACACCCGCUAACUGAGGAGACUGCCACCACUGUAGAAGUGGCUUCCAUCACUGACAUUGAGGUGCACACAGUACGGCACUGCCUGGAAAUGAAGAUCUGUGGACGCUGCUCCAAGACGACAACCACGCUGUACAGAAUCAACACGCAGAGCUCAGUGAGGCGCCUAGCCGAGGCCAUUCUGCUCCGCCGCAACCUGCAUGCACCCGGCCCACCUGGCCAGAGGGAAUGGUCAUGUUCGCUGCUGCAUAGCUGCGAUGGGGAAUUGUCAACAGCAGGCACUAGCCGUACAACACACUCUACUGUAUUCUCUCCACCCAGCAGCGCUACCAGUACCGGUAGUAAUCAGCUACAAACUGCACACGGUGCAAAUCAUGCUUUGGCAGCUGCUGCAACAGCCGCAGCUAGUAUACCACGCAAGGUCACUGUCCGUCGCCGAUCACUGGGUAUCCUAUCGUUGGAAAAACAGACGAUGACAGCUCUCCGUGAAGGUGAAGUGGUCAAUAUACGGCGCUCAUUGCCACCAGAUGCAUCAGCCACGAGCAGCUCACCCGUAGCUGCACAGCGGCGCUUGCCCAUAGAUGUCGGAACUACGUCAAGACCUGUUGCUAGUGCGAGGCCAGCAGACGGCCAUGCUCUUAUGCUGUCCGGGCGCAGUAGAAGUGAUAGCACGGGAUCUUCUGCUGCGUGCCCGUCUCCUGCACCGAGAAAACACGCUCGCCUGGCCCGAGCGCGGGACUCGUCAUCUCGGACAGCAACGCGGCAACGCCAGCGUCACAGCUGGCACUCGGAUGCUGAACGCACUGAGUCUAGUCAGAGUAGCUGUAGUUGCGUUGGGCACACAGAGCACAACAGUACAGCACAUGCUGGAUUCAUGCCCGCUGACAAUAGAUGUCCACUACACGUCAGCGCUAGCAACACAUCACCCAUUUCCAACUCUGCAAUAGAUGUUGAAAACAGUGAUGACGAAGGUUACAUCUCCAUGGCGCAACAUGGUCGCAGGAGCACCCCAGCGCACGCACACAGUAGCGAUGCAAGUCCCACGGCUCCCAGUAAGGGCAGCUUCCCCAUGGCAGCGUCGCGAAGCAAUUCGGCACAGGCUGAGGAGCGUCCACAGCCACCACCCAAGCCAACAUCUCUUCGCAUGCUGAGCUCUAGCUCUUUAGGCACCGACUACGAUCAAUCUCCGCUAUGCACACCAGGAAUCUACCCAGCUGGAGAGGGAUUUCUAGAUUACGAGGAUGUAGAAACUGAGGAUGAUGAUGAUGGCGAUAGCGAUGGAGUGGAGGAAGGCAGCGAAGCACAGCUGCCAAUCAUAAUUGGCCAGACAUACGGCCGCUAUUCCGACUAUGAAGAAUAUGAGGGGCAACAGCAGUUCCCAGGGGUGUGCGAGUACCAGAGCUGGGAAGACGGCGACGAAGAAUGCCACUACAUCGUGCCGGAGGCGCUGCCGAGCUCGCACUUCGUCAAACGCCCGUCCAUGGAAACAAUGCCGAGACGGGUGGCGCGGUCAAAAAGCGAGUCGACACCGGCGGCGGACGAUAGUUCCGGAGCUGCCAGUGGCAAUGCCAGCGCAGCCGCACAUGGUGACUACAUAGAAUUUCUCAGUGAAGGAGACGGUGGGCAGCUGCGAGAAACGCAAAGCGACGCGGUGGCAGCAACGGCAGAUUUCGGAACGGGCAGAGAGGAACCGGAAGCCUGGGGACGCCAUCAAAUAGAGCUGCAACGAUCAAUCAGACUGAGAAUCGCCCGCCGGAACUGCUUCCAACGUUUGAACACCAAUCAACCGAUCAGAGAAGACUUUAUCGUUGACUCACUGGACGACUGCAGACUGGAUGAUCAGAAUUCAAGAACACCUUCCGCGUAUACACCCCGUCCCAAACCAAGGCGUAUCGUGAGGAAUUCGGCUCUAACGGCUACAUUCUGAUUACAUCUAUCCACAUGCCGUGGUACUGACACUUGAAUACAGUAUAUGACUUCCUGGGCACAGCCCGACAGUAUGCCCGGCGCACUGAUCUAAUGUUAAUAACGUUAUUGCAAGGACAUGUACAUGUGUAUACGCAAGACUGCUACUCGGCAGGAUGUGACCUAUGCUGUAUGUUUUGCAACCUGGAGGUUCAACACGAUUAUUCCGAACAUGGUUUUCAAUCAGCCUGUAUCAUGAUAUUGAUUAAACUACUACAGAGCAGGGACUUGAUGACCAGUUGCAAUCUUCAUCACCAUAAGUAUCUCAUCACUGAGCUGGCAUGGCUGUCAACAGUCAAUCUACACUCAGACUGAGACUCCACAGUGUGCAGUGUGCAGUGUGGAGUGGUGUACUCAUCACCACCUUCCAUGUAUCUUGCGCUUUGAAGUAUCUAAAGCAUGUGACCGAUGGUUACGUUAGCAUUAAAUCCGUUCUAUGUUGCUGCAUGUAACUUAUGACCAGACCACUCAAGUGGCAAACUGUAAUGUUGAGUUGCUGCCCAAUGGUUCCUAAACUUUUGGAUGCAGGAAACUGGGCCAUGAAGUUCUUUCCUGUUCUUCUUGUUUGCACGGUGUACCACGGUUGGUGCAGAUGACUUGUUUGCACGGUGUACCACGGUUGGUGCAGAUGACUUGUUUGCACGGUGUACCACGGUUGGUGCAGAUGACUU